AUGAAACUAAAAGUAAAAGAGACUGAACACCAGCAUAGCCGAAAUUUAUACAGUUUAGCAGGAGAGCCUGGCAGAUCUUAUAUGAAACUUCUUAAAUUAGAUGCUAAAACUAGAAAAGAAGAAUGAGAAUUGAUCAGAUUACCUUAUAGACGUCAAUGAAGUUUUUUGAUAAUUCAGCUGCCAAAUAAUGAGGUGCUUAUUUUGGGACUUGAGUCAAUGACGACUUAUUUUGGAUUCAUCAUUAAUAGCUUGACAAUGAAAAUAAGAAAAGACAUAAAUCUAUAUAAAAUUGAAAAAAUAACAGGAAUCACACUUUGAAAGAAUUCAAUUUAUUGCUUAUAUUAUAAUUGGUGAGCUUAUUAG